AUGGUUGCCAAUGAUCAUGUUACAUUGCUACAUUGCCAUCUAACUAUUUAUCUCUCAAUCCCUCGCUGUCUCUGUGUCCAUUCAGGAGAGUUUGGAAAGCAGGGAGGACCGAUCCCUGUUGUUCCCACUGCUGACUUCCAGACCAGAGUCGCUGGUGCUUCUGAGAAGGAUAUUGUUCACUCUGGGCUGGCCUACACCAUGGAGAGAUCUGCCAGGCAAAUCAUGCGUACGGCCAGUAAGUACAACCUGGGUCUGGACCUGCGGACGGCUGCGUACGUCAACGCCAUCGAGAAGGUGUUCAAGGUCUACAACGAGGCCGGCAUUGAGAUAGUGAAUAGUUCUUUUUUAGCCUCUUUACGACAUUAUUCCAUUCAAAUGAGUUUCUUCAAGGAGCAGGCAGAUUAUAUAUUGUUUUCUUGGUUUUAGAACUACAUUAUUUUGCAGCAUUAGGGCCAUUUAUUUAAAUUUGCCCUGCUAACUUUACUACUGGAGUGCAGUUUUUUUUCCACCAGAACAGCUAGAUAUGUAGUGAGGUGCAUACUGGAGGCAGAGAAGUCAGGCGCAGGAGAGCGAAAACUGAUUUACAACAGUGUCGUUUAAUAUCCAUAAACCACCGUCAACAGAACAAUACAAAUAAAUGGUAAAUACAAUACAAAACAAUACAAUACAAUACAAAACCCGGUAAAUACCAGCAUACCGUUGCAUAAGCACUACAAGAAACAAUUACGGACAAGGACAUGGGGGGGAACAGAGGGUUAAAUACACAACAUGGAAUUGAUGGAAUUGGAACCAGGUGUGAUGGAAGACAAGACAAACCCAAUAGAAAAUGAAAAGUGGAUCUGCGAUGGCUAGAAGGUCGGUGACUUC